UGUGCCGGGGCCUGAAGUUGACAGUUCGAUUGGUUUGGGUUCCGAAUUGAGCAUGGGGGUGGUAGUGCGAUGCCGAUCCGACGAGGAGGUGGUUGUGAUGGAGACCGGCAGGGCGUGUGUGAUGUGCGACUCCGAACCAGGGUUGGAUGCGGCGUUCGCGGCGGUUGUGGGCAAGGGUGGCCAGUGAGAAGGCGAUUUUCACAUACGCGACGGACGUAGGCAAGAGGUGGAGAAAAUGCAUGUGUUAUUUCCGCUGGUGAGAUGCGAGCGAAGGGUUUACAGUAGAAGCAUUGGUUUCGAGGCGGGAGUUGCUGUGGCGGUGGAGUAGUUUUACAGAGAAACUGUAGAUCGGUUAACCUUGAAUUUCCAACACUUCUGGUCCAGGCGACAGGGCCUGAACGGAGGCCGACGUUUACUUGGUGGGUGUAUUCCAAUUUAGAAGAGAACACAGGGUAGUGAUGAUGCGCUGUGCAGAGUUAGUUGAGGAAUGGUAGCAUCGGGGUUGGACGCGGAAACACAGCGGGUUAGAGCGGUGAGGAGUGUGACCAAGGUGUCGUGAUCGGUGUAAGCACGGCAGGAAGACAUUCAGCGCGCAAGUUACCUGGAGGCAUGCGAAGAGCCGUGGUGAAGGAGAGCGCGAGCAGGCAGCGGGUGUGGGCGGGGGGGAUGCAUAUAGGGGUUGCGAUGCGUUGUGCAGCCAGCAGCGAUCACGAGGGUUUGUGUAGGCGUUGCAGGUGUAAACAUGCGUGAUUGAGAAGGAAGGAGGGAACGGUGGGCAGGAGGUUGGCGCAAUCGGGGUGGUUGGUGGCAGGGAAUGGGAGGCGGUAUAAUUUGAGGGGCAAGCACGGACACGGCGAGCGGGCGGGGGUUGUAGGGCAAGUGUGGUUAGUCGGGGAGGCGCAAUUGCAGGCGCGGGUGGAGGAGGAGGGGCAAGUGCAAUCGAGAGGCAGGAAUCGAAAGGCGGGUGCGAUGAAGGUGACGAUGGAGGAAGGGUCCGAUGAGGGGUGGCAAGAGAGGGCGGGAUGGACGGUGGUGGUGGUGAGCGCAGCGGGAGAGAAGGUGAAAAGAGCAGAAUUGAGUGCGAAAAGGGCAGUGGUGGGCGCUGGCGCUCGGAUGCUGUUUUAUCCGACGCUGUUGUACAACGUGGUGCGGAACAAGCUGGAAUCGGAGUUUCGAUGGUGGGACGAGAUCGAUGAGUAUGUGCUGCUGGGGUAUUGGAUGGUUCAUGACAUGAGUGAUUUGUUUGGAUGGGGUUGGCGAAUGGGUAUAUGGAUGGGUGAUCUGGACAGUGAUGGUUUUACUGUGCAUGGAAACGGUGGGGUUUUUGAAGGAGGGCGUGACUUGUCGAAUAGGUGGCUUUGUUGUUUUCUGGAUUGUGGUGGAGUGCAUGCGGUUUUUGGGUGGUUGGUGGGCGUGGAGGAUUGA